UGCGAGAGAACCGGUAAUGCGCUGCUAAGAAUGAGAAUCUCCAGGGAGGAGGUUGCUCAUUGUGUCUCUGCAUUAUUUACAACUUAGGCCUUGCUUCCUGGUGACGGGCAGCUCUACAAAGUCUCAUAAUUUGGUGUGAUGGGAUCAUUCCCAGUGUAGACUGCAAACCAAAAUCACCAACACUCUAAAGGAGGCUGGCUGUUGCAUCUCUGCAUUGGUAACCACUUCAGGCUUCCAGUGAGGAGUCGCAUCCCAAACAGUGACUCAUGCAGAAGCACAGAAGUAGACUCCUGGCAAGGCGAGACAGAGGGGGCCUCAAAAGCAGAGCAGUCCCACAUGGGGCCCUAGCUUGUUUUAACGACAGUUGGGUAGGAGCUGGCGAAGGCCUGUGAAACCCCCAGGCCAGCCCUGGGCACUGGUGCUCGUACCUGCCUGCACCAGCGGGGGACCGUCUGCCGCCCGCCAGCCUGGAGCACCAUCUUCACGUCUCCUCGGGCAGCUGCGGCCACCGGGCUUCCGAGGCCAGCCUGAUGGCGGAGCCGCGCUUUAACAACCCCUACUUCUGGCCACCCCCUCCCACGAUGCCCAGCCAGCUGGACAAUCUAGUUCUCAUCAACAAGAUCAAGGAGCAGCUCAUGGCAGAGAAGAUCCGGCCCCCACACCUGCCCCCGACUUCCGUGUCUUCCCAGCAGCCUCUGCUGGUGCCCCCCUCACCUGCCGAGGGGAGCCAGUCCAUCAUGUCUAUCCCCAAGCUGCAGCAGGUCCCCGGGUUGCACCCUCAGGCGGUCCCCCAGCCCGACGUGGCCCUGCACGCACGCCCGGCCACCAGCACCGUCACAGGUUUGGGGCUGGGGUCCCGUGCCACGGCCGUCAGCACCUCGGAAUCCAGCGCUGGGACGGGCACCAGCACCCCCUCCACCCCCACUUCCACCACGCAGAGCCGUCUCAUUGCCUCUUCGCCCACCCUCAUCUCAGGGAUCACCAGCCCCCCGCUCUUGGAGUCCAUCAAGACGAUUCAGGGUCACAGCCUGCUGGGGGCCCCCAAGGCGGAGCGCGGCCGCAAGAAGAUCAAGGCGGAGAACCCCACGGGGCCCCCCGUCCUGGUGGUGCCCUACCCCAUCUUGGCUUCGGGCGACAUCGGCAAAGAGGGGAAGACAUACAGGUGUAAAGUCUGCCCCCUCACUUUCUUCACCAAGUCAGAGAUGCAGAUCCACUCCAAGUCCCACACAGAGGCCAAGCCCCACAAGUGCCCCCAUUGCUCCAAGUCCUUCGCCAACGCCUCCUACCUGGCGCAGCAUUUGCGCAUCCACCUGGGCGUCAAGCCCUAUCACUGCUCCUACUGCGAGAAAUCCUUCCGCCAACUUUCCCACCUCCAGCAACACACCAGAAUUCACACCGGAGACAGACCCUACAAGUGCCCUCACGCCGGAUGUGAAAAGGCAUUCACACAGCUCUCGAACCUCCAGUCUCACCAACGGCAACACAACAAGGACAAGCCCUACAAGUGUCCGAACUGCUACCGGGCCUACUCGGACUCUGCCUCGCUCCAGAUCCACCUCUCGGCACACGCAAUCAAGCACGCCAAGGCCUACUGCUGCAGCAUGUGUGGGCGGGCCUACACCUCAGAGACCUAUUUGAUGAAGCACAUGUCAAAACACACGGUGGUUGAACAUCUAGUGAGUCAACACUCUCCUCAAAGGACGGAGUCUCCCAGUAUCCCUGUCCGAAUCUCGCUCAUCUGAAUCUCGGGGAGCAGCCUCCACCCCUUGGCCUGGCCCCGUUCCCGUGCAGCCACCCCCUCCUGAAUCCCAGAAGCGGGGAGCAAAAACAAGGACAUCUUGGCAUCACGGUCAAACAACCCAUGGUCCCUGCUCCGCAGCACCCCUCCUGCCAUGGGGUGAUCCUCUUCCGCCACCAGUCAGGACAGAGAGAGAGAGAGACUGGAUGGAGCCCUGUUGGGAGACUGGGGGUGGAGAUUUUUCGUUCCAUGUUGGUGGCAGCCAAAGACAAUCCCAGAGCACUUUGAACAUGUCCACACUUCUCCCUUCCCUGUAACAGAGCCUCUGCUCCUAGCCACAGGCCCCCCUUUUUUCAUUUUGGAUCCCUACUUCUCUCCCCUCCGAGAUCCCUGUUCCACUUCAAUUUCGCAUAGGAAAAUUGUCACCCAACGGGCCAGGAAUUUGCAAAGCAGCUAAUGGGGAGCCGGCCCCCUUCUGGACUCUUCUCUGGAGCCGCUACAGGACCGCCUCGGCCAAAAAAUGGGGCAGCUUGAGGUUAUUUGUGCUGCUCACUGCGGGGGGGGGGUGGCACCCCAGGAGUGGCCUGUGGCUAGGGUGGGCACGGUGGGAGGUGAUGAGUCUCAGAUGCUGCAACAUCACGCAGUCAGAAGCCAUGACCCAUUGCGCCAGAGUGUUGGUGCAAAGGAUUACAUCAAUGCUCAGAGGUUAUGGGGGUUGCCACACCUUCGGCUAGGAGGUGGAAGGGAGUGGAGGGUUGUCCUAGAAAUAGAUGAGGGGGCACCUUCGGAAUAUGGUUGGGAGACACACUGUAGCAGGGGGGAAGAUGGCAAGAGACUGGCAGUGUUAUGCCCAUUCAGAAGUGCACAAGGCUUUGUCUGCCCAUCACCUUAAUCUUGAGGCACCGUGCGAAAGCCUGCCCACCUGCAGCGCCAUCCUUGUAUAUGGGUAGCCUCCAACCCUGCUCUCUCGUUGUAUGGGAAAGGAGGAGAUGGGAUGCAGGAGGGGGCUGGGUCUUUUCUGCGGGGAGGAAAUGUGGGCAUUGACCUGCUCCUGGGUAAUGCUGCCAUUCGGCUCACCCACAGUAAGAGGUGCCAGUCCAUUUCUCCCAUCUCUGCGGAGGGCUGUCAGCCGGCAGAAGUGAAGCCCCAAGCGUGUUUUGGGGUAGAAGACAGGUGGGGGUGGCUCUUGUUCCUGGCUGCUCUACCCUUCGAGACCGCUCAAGGCACCACCUUGCAACCUCUCCAAGGAUGUCUCCAGCACUGGUUGGCAGGGCUGGAAGAACCUAGGGUCCUCCCGGGGCGUGCCCACAGCGUUGGUGGGGGGGGGCACAGGUUCCUCCCUAGCCCCAGAAAAGAAACAUAAGCAAGUUUCCAUUUGAACAUGGCCAUAGCAGGCACAUAUUUGCAGAAUGGGUGGAAUUGUCAUCCUUUCCCAGUUGCUAUCGUUUGAGGGGGUUUGAUCCCCUUGCACCAAGAUCUAGGGGGAUUGGAGAGUUUUU